AUGGCGGCAGAACAGCGCAAGCUCCUUGAGCAGCUGAUGGGCAAUCCCAUUUCGUCUCGCGCAUCUCAACUCUCUCUCACCGACCCCAAAGUUUGUCGCUCCUAUCUUGUUGGGACGUGCCCGCACGAUCUCUUUACCAACACAAAGCAAGAUUUGGGCCCCUGUCCCAAGGUACAUUCCGAGGGCCUCAAGACCGAGUACGAAAAUCUUCCGCCGCAACAAAAGCAACGGCACAACUUUGAAUGGGAUUAUAUGCGCGACCUGCAAAAGUACAUAGACGAAUGUAACAGGCGCAUCGACGCGGCGCAGCGAAGGCUCGAAAAGACACCAGACGAAAUUAGGCAGACCAAUGUUCUGCUCAAGUCUAUUGCCGAUCUGUCGGCAACCAUCAACGUGGGACUGAGUGAGAUUGAGGUCCUGGGCGACCUGGGCGAAGUGUCUCGUGCAUACGACGAAUUCUACAAGGUCCGACUGGCGGCGGCGCAAAAAGCAGAACGCGAGCGAGAACUCAAGGCCCUCAGUGAUACAAGUGGUCCAUCAGGUCACCAAAAGUUGCAAGUUUGCGACGUGUGUGGUGCCUAUCUAUCGAGACUAGACAAUGACCGGCGCCUGGCUGACCACUUUUACGGUAAAAUGCACUUGGGAUACGCUCAGAUGCGGCGAACCUUUGAUGCUUUCCCCAAGGAGUUGCGCGGCGGACGACCACCACGGGGGCCUGGUAUGGACGAUGGUCCACGCGGCGAUGAUGGUGAUUGGAAGGGGCCUCGAGGUCCGAGAAGAGGAGGAUAUGGUGGAGGUGGUGGCGGUGGUCGUGGAAGAGGAUACCGUGGUGGUUGGUAG